AUGUCGAACGAGCCGUUCUAUCUCCGAUACUACUCAGGUCACUCUGGGCGGUUUGGACAUGAGUUCCUAGAAUUUGAUCUUCGCUCUAUCUCCGAAGGUAGCAGUGCCGCCGUUCGAUACGCGAAUAACUCCAACUACCGCAAUGAUUCUCUCAUCCGCAAAGAGAUGUGCGUGAGCGAUGCCAUGGUGCAAGAAGUCAAGCGCAUCAUCAAGGACAGCGAAAUUCUCAAGGAGGACGACUCCAAGUGGCCUCAGAAGAACAAGGAUGGGCGCCAGGAGCUCGAGAUCCGAAUUGGCAACGAGCACAUCUCCUUUGAGACCGCGAAAAUCGGCUCGCUGGUGGAUGUGACAGAAUCAGAUGAUCCUGAGGGACUGCGAGUCUUCUACUAUCUUGUGCAAGAUUUGAAAGCCCUCGUUUUCUCUCUUAUCUCCCUUCACUUCAAGGUACCGUCAAUUCAUAUCUCUUUGUCUAGAUCGCCUUCUAACACUUUCUGCUCUCCAGAUCAAACCAAUCUAAUGGCUGAGCGCAUAGAUAAAAUCGAAGACGUGGUGGAUUUGUUUUAA